AUGUACGCUGGAAUCGACAAGUACGGAGGCACCUUAGUCGGCGAAAGCCAUGCAAACACUACUACAGCUCCUUCUUGUGCAUCACAUGCUACCUCUGGCUUGUCCUUAGAAGACGCAAUUGAGACUGCCGCUGCUGAAGAGACCGUGGUCGUGGAUGUACCCUAUUCGUACCUUUUGGACGAAACGGACCCAAAUUCCGGUGUCUCGAAGGUAUCCAAAGUCCUCUUAAGUGCCCAAUUAAACCCCGAAGCAGGUGGUCUUAUGUGGAUUGAACAACCUAGUGCCUCAAAUGUGUAUAAGAACGUUGUAGCCAUGUCUCAAAUGACGUCCAUGUUACGGGAUAAGGACCGCAAUACUUGUUACGCCCGUGGAAUUCGACAUGCCAUUGCGACUUUCCAGGAAAAGCAUAACCGGGCACCCCUCGUGCUGGAUAUUGGCACCGGAACGGGGUUACUCUCCAUGCUGGCUGCGCAAUAUGGAGCAGAGCACGUUUACGCGUGCGAGAUGUUUGAACCCAUGGCCGAAAUUGCAGCACAAGUGACAGCAGCGAACUAUCCGGCUACCAUCACGGUCUUCAAGUUGCGCUCCACUGACUUGAGGGUCCGUCCAGAAAUGGAGCAAGACAGGGAUCCACAGCAGACGUACCACUUACCUCGACGAGCCGAUAUGCUCGUCUCCGAGCUCUUUGACUCGGGGUUGCUUGGAGAAGCUGUGCUGCCUACACUUCGACAUGCUAUGGAGCAUCUAUUGACUCCAGCUGCUGUCCUUGUACCCGAGCGGGCUUCAGUGUUCGCACAAGUUGUCGAGAGCGAGUCGAUUUACCACUUCAAUAGCUUUGAGGUACCUUUGCGAGAUCCUGAGAAAGGUGCUGGAGAGGUGCGUGAAGCUGUUCUGGCAAGAAGUGACACGGCAUGGCAGUGCAAAGGUGGAAAGCCGGCGUUACCAGUGCAUUUCCAGGCUCUGGAAAACAACACAAAGUUUCUGACGAAACCGGUAGAGGUGCUGAAGUUUGAUUUCACCAAGUUGACCGCUGGCACUCAAGAGUUUCGCGAAACGGUAGUUGAUGUUUGCGAGGCUGGGAAAGUUCAAGCUGUUCUCAUGUGGUGGGAGGUGAGCUUCGAUGUCGACGAUAGUAUCGUGUACUCCACGAAAGCUGGCGCAAUGAACUGGCAGGAUCACUGGGUACAGGUCGUCUUUCCCCUUGUGGAGAAUAUCCAAACGCAACCAAGCGAGAAGCUGCUCUUGCGCGCUCACCAUGACGAUAUCCGCAUUUGGUUUGAUGUUGAAACUGUUCCGGAAAAAGACCCCUCUGAUACAGCAAAGCGUACGAUCCUGCACGAAAAACCUCCGUGUACUUGUGGAAUGCACCUCAUCUGCAACGCUGAGCGUAUCGCCAUGCUCACGGAUUCUGCACGUUGCAAAGCGUAUACAGCAGCAGUUGCCUCCACCAUCGCUGAGCUUACACAAAAGGAUGCUUCGCACCCGAUCUCCUGUCUUGAUAUCAGCGAUGGGUCGCUGGUUGCAUUGCUGGCUGCGAUGCACAAGCAGGUGUCUAGUGUGACCUCAAUCGAGUCGAAAGAGGUGUCGGCACGGAUCUUUGAUCAGAUUCUGAGCCACAACGCGACCGAGGCCAUGGUGCUUAACUGUGGUGUAAAGGGCUUGCUUCCUGAACAUCUCCAAGGUGAACCUUCAAGUGUCGACCUGCUAGUUGGUGAACCUUUUUACUACUCGAUGCAGAACCUUCCGCUCUGGCAAGCAUUCAACUUCUGGCUGCGACGUUCAGCGGUUGAUGGACUGUUGCACCCGAAAAGCCGUGUAUUGCCUACCCGUGCGAGGGUGCUAGCCCAAGCUGUGCGUUUCGAGCACUUGCACCAAUGCUUUGGAGCAGUGGGAAAUGUAUCAGGUUACGAUCACAGCUACUUUGAUCGGUUCCAGGACGGAUACUACACGCGCAACUUCCCAUUCCCGGUCUACAUGUAUCGCCACGAACAAGCAUCGGACGUGGUAGAGCUUGCCGCCAUGAACUUCAUGAUGACAGCGCAUACAGUUGCUACUAACGGGAUCAUAAACCUCAAGGACUCGGCAGCAAAUGCGGUGAUCGUAUGGGUGGAAUACGUCUUGGAUAUGGCAGGCCAUCACGUGGUGGCUACUGGUCCUACCGUGCGCUACGCGAAGCAGCUUAUUCGUUUUCUCCCACCGGUGCCAUCUGGAGCUGCUAGUGGAGCAGCUGUGCGCUCAGUAACUUUCAAGUUUUGCUUUGACUCGCUGGAAGGCACAAUCGAGCUCAGUUUCGAUAUCAACUAG